UUUAAAGGCCGGAACUGGCCCUGAGGCACUGGCGGCCCUGGGCGGUCCCAAGAAUCGCGCAGGACCCGGCUCCCCUCGCCCGAGCUGCCGGGGGGCACCAUGGGCCGCUACCGCAUCCGCGUGGCCACCGGGGCCUGGCUCUUCUCCGGGUCGCACAACCGCGUGCAGCUGUGGCUGGUCGGGGCGCGCGGGGAGGCGGAGCUGGAGCUGCAGCUGCGGCCGGUGCGGGGAGAGGAGGAGGAAUUUGAUCUUGACGUUCCCGAGGACUUGGGACCCCUGCAGUUCGUGAAGUUGCGCAAACACCACUCGCUGGUGGACGACGCGUGGUUCUGCGACCGCAUCACGGUGCAGCGACCCAGAGCCUGCGCGGAGGAGGCCUUCCCGUGCUACCGCUGGGUGCGGGGCGAGGGCGUCCUGAGCCUGCCCGAGGGCACCGCCCGCCUGGCAGGAGACAAUGCCUUGGAUGUGUUCCAGAAGCAUCGAGAGAAGGAACUAAAGGAAAGACAACACAUCUACUGCUGGGCCACCUGGAAGGAAGGGUUACCCCUGACCAUAGCUGCAGACUGUGAGGAUGACCUACCUCCAAAUAUGAGAUUCCAUGAGGAGAAGAGGCGGGACUUUGAAUGGACACUGAAGGCAGGGGCCCUGGAGAUGGUCCUCAAACGUGUUUACACCCUCCUGAGCUCCUGGAACCACCUAGAAGACUUUGAUCAGAUCUUCUGGGGCCAGAAGAGUACCCUGGCUGAGAAGGUUCACCAGCGCUGGCAGGACGAUGAGCUUUUUGGCUACCAGUUUCUCAAUGGCGCCAACCCCAUGCUGUUGAGACGCUCCACCUCUCUGCCCUCCAGGCUAGUGCUGCCCUCAGGGACAGAGGAACUUCGGGCCCAGCUGGAGAAAGAACUCCAGAACGGUUCCCUGUUUGAGGCUGACUUCAUCCUGCUGGAUGGAAUCCCAGCCAACGUGAUCCGAGGAGAGCAGCAGUACCUGGCUGCCCCCCUCGUCAUGCUGAAGAUGGAGCCCAGUGGGAAGCUGCUGCCCUUGGUCAUCCAGAUUCAGCCUCCCAACCCUAGCUCCCAAAGCCCAACACUGUUCCUGCCCUCAGAUCCCCCGCUUGCCUGGCUCCUGGCAAAGUCCUGGGUCCGAAAUUCAGAUUUCCAACUGCACCAGCUCCAGUAUCAUUUACUGAACACUCAUCUGGUGGCUGAAGUCAUCGCUGUCGCCACCAUGAGGUGCCUCCCAGGACUGCACCCUGUCUUCAAGCUCCUGAUCCCCCAUAUCCGCUACACCAUGGAAAUUAAUACCCGGGCGCGGACCCGACUCAUUUCAGAUGGAGGAAUAUUUGAUAAGGCAGUGAGCACAGGUGGAGGGGGCCACGUGCAGCUGCUCCGUCGGGCAAUGGCUCAGCUGACCUACUGCUCCCUCUGUCCUCCUGACGACCUGGCUGACCGGGGCCUGCUGGGAAUCCCAAGUGCUUACUAUGCCCACGAUGCUUCACGGCUCUGGAAGAUCACUGCCCGGUUCCUCCCCAGAUACAAUAGAAGCAGCUGGGCAGAUGCCACAGAGAGAGGAGCAGAGGUCAGAGGCUGGAGCCUUCUACUCUCAGAGAGCUCAGCUCCUUCUCCUCUGGGCAGGUACGUGGAGGGGAUCGUCCACCUCUUCUACCAAAAAGAUGAUGUCGUGAGGGGGGACCCUGAGCUGCAGGCCUGGUGUCGGGAGAUCACAGAGGUGGGGCUGCGCCAGGCCCAAGACCGAGGUUUCCCUAUCUCCUUCCAGUCCCGGGCUCAACUCUGCCAUUUCCUUACCAUGUGUGUCUUCAUAUGCACUGCCCAGCAUGGGGCCAUCAACCAGGGCCAGCUGGACUGGUAUGCCUGGGUCCCUAAUGCCCCAUGCACAAUGCGGAUGCCCCCACCCACCACCAAGGAAGAUGUGACAAUGGCCACAGUGAUGGGGUCACUACCCGAUAUCCGGCAGGCCUGUCUUCAAAUGACCAUCACAUGGCACCUGGGUCGCCGCCAGCCAGACAUGGUACCUCUGGGGCAUCACAGAGAAAAAUAUUUCUCAGGCCCCAAGCCCAAAGCUGUGCUAAAGCAAUUCCAAACAGAUUUGGAAAACCUGGAAAAGGAGAUUAAAGCCCGGAAUGAGCAACUUGACCUGCCUUAUGAAUACCUGAAGCCCAGCCGCAUAGAGAACAGUAUCACUAUCUGAGCCCUAAGGUGCUCAGAUGGAAGACUUCACAUCAGCUUUAGGACUGACAUUUCCAUCUUGAAUUUCAUGCUUGCCUAAGUCUCUGCUGCUAAGGCUCUAUAUCCUCCCCCAUCAGUAUCCCACUAGCUUAGGAAGCAGUAAACUUCUUCUGCAAAGGUCAGAUAAUAUUAAUAUUUUAGGCUUCAUAGGCCACAGUCUCUGUCACAACUACUCACUUGUCCCAUGGUAGCAUGAAGGCAGCCAUAGGCAACAUAUAAACAAAUGAGUGCAACUGUGUUCCAAUAAAGUUUUAUCUAUA